UUUGGGAUAAUAAAUCUGAGGCAGCCCAUUCCCAUAGCAGAGAAGCCUGUGGAGGAACUCACAUCAGCUCACCCCCCCCCCCAGGACCAGGGAGGUGGCAGUAAAUGAAACAAUGGCUACUUGAUGAGCGCCACACUCCUUCACAUGGACAAUGAACAAUGAAGCCCUUCUCCCUGAAGAAGAGAGGUGUUCUUGGCAGGGCAUCGCACUCCCUGUUUCCAUUCCUUGGAUGGCUGGGGCAUGCCCAGUGUCUCACCACCCCCACACCAAGGCCUCAGCCCCUAACAGUGGGAAGAUAUCAUGCCUCUGCCACUGUUCUGACUUUAUCCAAGAAGGAUAUGGAUUUGCCAAAUUUGCUUCAGGUUCCAGAUGUCAUAUUGAAGGCCAGAAAAUACGAGCAUGAAAAUCUGUCGCCCAGGAACAAGCAACUCUACCACUCCACAUGUCGAGAAAUGAAAACAGUAGGCAAACAGAGAGGAAGUUCCCAGGUACAACCGAAAAAUUUCAUAAUCCCAGACCAUGAGAAACCAUCCUUCCAGAAUUCUGUGAAUCCCAGAGUGAUGCUCCUUCGUCAUUCCAAUGUCCAGCAGUUUAGUCAUCCCUGCAAUGACAUCCCAACAGAGAGCAUUCGCUACAGACUGCCCAUUAUGGGCCCCAGGACUGCUAUCUUCCACAGGCUGUUGUCCAGUGCCUACAAAACUCCUCAGGAGACUCAAGGCCUCUCCUUCCCCAGAAAGAAACUAAUGAACAAGACCGUGAAGCAGAAGCAACUGCCUAUUGGAAUCCUACCCUCCUGACUAAAUGGAUGUCAGACCAACCUAUGAAACUCAUCCUGUGCCAACAGCUUUUGAAGACUGGAAUUAAGAGAUCUCAGAAAAAUGAGCCAGUGUUCAAAUUGAAC